AUGGCUGCUGUAUCCCCGGUAUGUCAUACCCUCAGGACUUGGAAGGGUAUGAAUCAUAUCUCUCCUAAACAGAGUCUCCUAAUACCUCUGCAACAUAACAAAAAAGAAUUGUACAUCAUGCAGAAGCAAAAUAAUAUUGGAAAAAACGUUCCUGCAACCAAGAGGAUCGAAAAAUCUGCAGUGGGGGGUGUAAAGGCCUGCAAGCCCACUCCCCCUCUCAAUCUGCGGCACCGCGGCUUAUUUCACCGCAUAAUACUUCGUUGGCAGCAGUGGGUAAACCCCAAUCCUCUUCCCACUCCCUCUCACAUACUCGCACAUAUGCGAGCACGGCCACGACGAUUUUGA